AUCACACACACACGCAGAGCGACAGAUAUACCAUCUCUUAGCGGCUAAUAUCCAUAGAUUUCAUUCACUCUGAAACAAGUAAACAUCAGCCAAAACAUUGUCCCGUUUACAUCUAUAACUCUAUGUACAUCUACGUUUUGUAUGUAAUUAUUGAUCAAUCUCUUGCCCACCGCCAUUUCCACAAUUCAAAGCUUCGGUUAGCACCAACUGUUGUUUCUUUUUUUCACCGCUUCACAAUUUUCAGGUGCGGGCAUAAAUUAUCCCCUCCGUGUCUGCGUGAAUAACGAGAUGCUAAAGGCAUAUGUUUGGCUUCAAACUUCUGUUCUAUCCAACAAGUAGAGCAAGAAGUUGCCAUGUAUUGCCCAUUUAUAUGUCAAGAAAUACAUGCUGGCAUGGGAUCUUCCAAGAAUUAUCCCAUCAUCUCUCUUCCUUCACGUGUCAAUCCUUCCAUGCUGAGCUUGAUACUUGAUUACUGCCGAUUCCAUCAAGUACUAGGACGUUCCAACAAGGAGAGGAAGUCAUUUGAUGAGAAGUUUGUUCGAAUGGAUACUAAAAGGCUUUGUGAACUGACAUCUGCUGUUGACAGCCUGCAGCUGAAGCCAUUGGUUGAUCUCACUAGUAGGGCUCUUGCACGGGUAAUUGAAGGAAAGACUCCACAAGAGAUCCGAGAGAUAUUUCAUCUCCCUGAUGAUCUUACAGAGGAGGAAAAGUUGGAACCUAUCAAAAACACCAUGGAUGAUCCUAGGAUUCGGCUUUUGAAUAGAUUGUAUGCUAGGAAGAGGAAAGAAUUAAAAGAAAGAGAGAGAUUGAAGAAUGUUGAGACUGAAGAGGAUCGCGGGGACGAGCGUUCAGUUGAUGACUUAUUAUCAUUUAUUAAUGGAGAUUCUAAGGGGACUAGAACUUCUAAGAGUAAAAAGAAGAGCCGUAAAAGGAAAGAUCUCAAGACUGCUUAUUCAAACUGCACAAGUACUUCAAACAAUACCUCUUCUUCAAAUCAUGAUGUAGAUGUGAACAAGAAGGAAACAAAUGAGCUUCACUCUGAGUCUGGUAAUCCUUCAUUACAUAACAAGCUUCUUAAUGAUGUUUGUAAUGCAACUAAGUUGCUCGACCUUGAAGAUGACGGAUUAGCAGCUGAAGAUGAGUUUGAUGGGAUUGAUCCUGCACUAAAAGAAAAACUUGAUAGUCUGACUGAUCAGGGAAGUAGAAGACUUCGCGAGAAGGUUAAAUUCAGAUUGGCCAGAAAUAAUGCAAGAAAUUCUUUCUCGAGGUCAGGAGAGAAGACCUUUACCGUUAACAGUCAAUGGGAAUGGUUCCUUGAGGAGAUAUACAAGCUCGGAUCAGCGCCACAAAUGAUACCCCGGAAACACCUAUGAACUUCAAACUGGACAAUUUGACCAGAGAAGUUAAUGGUUAGCACCCGACUGACAGGUUGGUUAUGGCAUGCAAGCUUCGACCAGAGCAUACAUAUCAGAAUGAGAUUGGCAUUCAAUUUCACUGGGAAUUUUUUGACAUUGUUAGAGAUUCAAUUUUGACACUUGACCUCCACAGCAAACAAUAAGGGAAAGAACACGCUUUCAAGAUGCCGAUACCAGCCAAUUUUGCUCCUCUCAUCGUCUUUUUUCUUCGUCUGUUCCCUUUCCUUUGCUUUCAAGUUGACGUAUUGACUGUUGGUUGUUAUAACUUUCUCACUUGUUGUACCAACCAAUUUGGAUUAGAGAUCUUAUUGCUGAAAGUCAACAGCCACGAGAGUUGAAGUGUUGUAAAUAUCAACAAGUUUGAUGCUUUCUUCUAUAUUUAAAGUUGAAUCCAGUUUGUAUUC